AUGAUGACACCUCCCAAUCCUCCUGUAGUUGUUCCUCCUUCUAACAGCAAUUUUACACAAAUUCUGCUGACCACCCAGCAACGACUGACACUUCCGAUGUUGCUGCAGCAACAGAAUCAGUUGGCCAGAAUGACUAUACCAACUGGCCAUUUGCAGAUUCCAACACCUCAACCAGUGCCAAUGUAUCAGACAGUUGGAACGAGACAGCAUGUGUUGGGUUUCACAAUUGAUAGUUCAAUUCAAGCUGCAGCCGCUUGCCAAAACUCAGUGCUUAACACACCCAAUACAUCUGCUCCUCUUCGGCUACCGUUUGAUUUAUCAGCUGCCGUCACAUUAUCGCUUGAUUCACAAGCUUCAUCAUCUGAUAUUCGAUCAUCAAAUGCUUCAUCUAUCCGAAAAGAUGAUUCGCGACCCUUAGACGCAUUUCAUAAUUCGUCCUCCCUUACCAAUGGAAUAUCGAUGAUCGAGCUCAAAUCUGCCCCACCCAAUGGUCAUGCCCCUCCGGAUUUCCUGUCCGCCGCUGUACCGUAUGAAUAUUCCGGCUUCAAUUCCGUAGCAGCAUUACAAUCACAGCAGAACCUUAUAUUAACUGGAGAGAAAAGGAAGUUACCAUCUAUAGCUCAACCUCAGGUUGUAACCCAACCGCCAAAUGUUAUUCAACAACAACUUGAACAGCUUAAUAUGUAUCGUUCUCUGCAACAGACAAGCCCAUUCUUGCCAGUUCCUGCCAGUUCCGGUUCAGUUGUUGCAUCUUCCUCAAUCGAACAAAAGCCUAAUAGUCCCCAACAGAAUCUUCUUCCAUACACUUCAACGUCGGCGUCUGUCAAUGAGAGUUCCGCUGACAAAACAGAAUCGUCCGCUUCAUCUGCUUCCUCGUCUGAUUCUGUAGCUGUGAAAACGCCAUUGCCUGUGAAUCCUCCCCGAACUUAUCCGAGUGGAAAGCGAAUUGGCCGUCCUCCUGGCACUUUCAAGCGACCAUCCUUCGACCUCGGAUUAACUAAACAUCCCAUCAUUUGUAAAAAGAAUCUUCGAAGCUGUGAUCCUUCCAACAGCGAGAUGAUCGAUGUUGAAUCUAUGGAAGAUAUUCAGUGCUUUUGGGGCGAAUGUCGCCUUGUUUUUUCGACUCUUAGGGCAUUAAUAAACCAUCUCCGUAUACAUGUGGAUGAAUGUGAUCGUCUAUGGGUUUGCAAAUGGAAAGACUGUGAUCGUACAGAGCCCUUCAGAGCUAUGUACAUGUUGAUUGUCCAUCUGAGAAGGCAUACCGGUGAAAAGCCUAACUACUGUCCGUUGAAAGGUUGUAAUAAAGCGUACAGUAGAUUAGAAAAUCUGAAAACUCACGUGAGAACUCAUACAGGAGAGAAACCAUAUGCAUGUGAACAUCCUGGAUGUACCAAAGCUUUUAGCAAUGCUAGUGAUCGUGCCAAGCACCAAAAUCGGACACAUUCCGAUGAAAAGCCUUAUGGUUGUACUGUAGGAGCUUGUAGGAAAUGCUAUACAGAUCCUUCUUCUCUCCGAAAGCACAUUAAAACUGUUCAUGGAGAUGAGGAAUAUGAGAAGGCCAAAAAGAAUAAACCACGUAAUACUGGGGGACGGCGAAAGAAACAACAACUCGUCAUGAACCCACCGUCUGCCUUGAACUUGGCUAUUCAUCAACAACGAACAAUGGCUCAACAAGUUGCUCAAGCUCAACAGCUUAUGUUACUUCAAGCUGCACAAGCACAAGCCAUUCAACAGAUGGAUGAGCAUGAUCCAACUUUAUCUCCAUCUAAACAAGAAUGUUCUAAACCAGCAAUCAAUAUUGGUCAUGGCUCUAUUGAUUCGGAUGAUCGAGGAAUCGGUGGAAGUUCUGGGAUUCCAUCUUUCACCACAAGCCACAGCCCAGCAGGAUCUUCAUCUUCCGGCUGUGACUCCACAUCAAACGGAUCAUCUGAACGCAAAGAGACCGGAAACUCAAGCUUCUUGAUUAAAAAUAUUCUUCAAUAUUCCACAUAUUAUGAAACGAUUCUUAAUCGACUUGGAAUGUCUUAUGAAAGGAAUAUGCUGCAGAUGAUGUUCAAGCCAAGAACUCCCGAUAGUGCUUUCUCUUCCUCAACGAACCAUUCUUACUUCUUUAACCAUUCUCCUAUGCAGUCAGUUCAACCAUCUCCUAACUAUUAUGCCGGUGAAAACCAUUACCAUAUGAUGGAUAAUUUGGAUAACCAGAACGACAUUGAUCAACACCCGGUUUGGAAUGAUGACUGUCAAUACAACGUGGGUAGUGGAGUAGGUGUUGCAGCUGUACCAAUGAUGCGCAACUAUGAUAACUCAAUCAUCAAAAGAGCUCAAGCCAUCGAAACGAGUACCAAUGAUUGCAUGCCUCUAUUUGCUGACUCAGUUGUUGUUGAUCAAGAGCAUUUCAGCAAGUUCGAAGCUCAAAUCAACGCUGUAUAUGGAAUUCUAGAGAAUGUUGAAAAUCAAAGACAGAUGGGAGUCCCGGCUUCUAAAGCUAUCAUUUCUCAUGUGGACGAUGUUCAGACAUCCUUCAGUUCUCCAGCUCCUUCUAGUCUCUCCGUGCCAUCGCCCUGUACUCAUAAACUGCUGGAUAGUCAUUGUUGCGGCAGCACAAUCCUUCCGGAAGAAUUAGAAUAUGAUUCUUCAAUUCUUCCAUCCCCUGUUGAACAGAAGUGCCCUGAAGUCUCUUACAGACCACAUAAACCUCUUUUCACUAGCGCCACAUUUUCACAUACCAAUUCUCUAGUCGGAAAACUGAAUCAAGGAACUCGCGCUCUUAAUAAUCUCCAAUACGGCAAUGAUAGCUACUUUCCCGAUUUGUAUGACUCAACACCUAUCAAAACGGAAUGCCAUUCACCUGAACCCAUACCUAGUCAAUCACCUCCACGUUACACUUACCGUCUCAAACGUGCUGUACAAAUGUGCUAUGAUCUAGAAAUGGCUAACAACUCCGAGUCAGUUCAUCUUCCUGAAGAAUUGAAACAUGUUGAAACUAUUAUUCCUAUGGGUGACUUUGAUGCUUCCCUUUACUUGGAAGAAUCAGUACUAAUGGAUUCAUUCCAAAGUCUCAACAUAGAUCUUGAUGAUGGAAAUCAAACUGAGACUCGACAAUAA